UUACAUAUUUUUUGUAUCUUUAAGUUGUACUAAAUGUUUCUUUAUAAGUGAAUUAACGUAGGAUAGUCUGCGGUUUAUUAUAAUUGUUUUGUUUUUAACAGAGAUCAAUUCAGAUUUCAGACACCAGUUGGUAAAACAAAGUUGCAACGUCGACUGCUAAGUUCAGUUUCUCACUUUCUGUUUCAUCCUUUUAUAAUAUAUAAUAUCGUCGUCAAUUAGCAAUAACAUUUAACCACAAUUUACUCUAUAGUCAGCUUCAAAAUGGAAACAAGAUUUAAUGGUACUACUUAAACUGAAGUUGUCUAGGCCUGUAACUUAGUAUUUACUUAUGAUUUUAUUUUUAGUCUCGGUCUCGGAUAUAAGAAUAAGUAGAAAAUGUAUAUAAAAAUUUUAAGAUUAAAUGUAAUGUGAAAGAUAGGUAUAGAAUUUUUAAAUAUUUCUUAAUUACAAAAAAAUGAAGAAAGCAUCUAUUGGACCUUUGACAACUAUGAAGUGGUACUUUGGGUUUAAAGGUAAAAAUCGCAAACCUUUUGCCUCAGAAGUCUUACAUUCUCAUAUUAUUCAGCGCCAGUUUCCACCUUGGACUUCCUACUUUGUUAAAUACAGUUGUGUCAUAAAUGACCAGUUUGGACUGUCACAUUUCAACUGGAAUGUGAAUGGAGUCAACUAUCAUGUAUUACGAACUGGUUGUUUCCCUUACAUUAAAUACCACUGCAGUAAAAGAGGCAUUGAAGAUUUACAGUUUGAGGAUGCAAUGUUUAGGUUUUUAAAGAUUCUGAAUUUAGGAAUCCCUACACUGGCUUAUGGUUUAGCGGCUACUAUACUCAUCAGUUGCUCUGAAGAAGUCUUGACAUCCCGAGGCCCAGUCAAGCUAUAUUUCUUAUAUAAAGAAAGCAGUGGUGCGAGGUUCUGACUAGAAUGUGUCUCCAAUUUCAUAUUGACUAGAUAGUUGUAGAUGUUACUUGAGGACAUGCAUACUGUUAGUUGAAUUGUAUAAAUCAUAUGGAAAAUAAAAUUAUGUUAAAAUUA